AUGGCCAAACCUCAAACAAAGACUUUCUGUGCAACGAAGCAACAGUUCAGAUCUUUCCAUCCUACCAUCAUCAACAAGACACUAAGACUGCAAACCCAUGAACCCUGUUCAGUCCGCUUUACUCCAAAUCCGGCCCGCUUUACUCCGACUCCAGUCCACUUUACUCCGACUCCGGCCCGCUGUACUCCGACUCCAGUCCACUUUACUCCGACUCUGGCCCGCUUUACUCGGACUCCAGUCUGCUUUAACCCGACUCCGGUCCGCUGUACUCCGACUCUGGUCCGCUUUAACCCGAAUCCGGUCCGCUGUACUCCGACUCUGGUCCGCUUUAACCCGAAUCCGGUCCGCUGUACUCCGACUCCGGUCCGCUGUACUCCGACUCCGGCCCGCUGUACUCCGACUCCAGUCCACUUUACUCCGACUCUGGCCCGCUUUACUCGGACUCCAGUCUGCUUUAACCCGACUCCGGUCCGCUGUACUCCGACUCUGGUCCGCUUUAACCCGAAUCCGGUCCGCUGUACUCCGACUCCGGUCCGCUGUACUCCGACUCUGGUCCGCUUUACUCCGACUCCAGUCCGCUUUAUUACGACUCCGGUCCGCUGUACUCCGACUCCAGUCCGCCUUACUCCGACUCCAGUCCGCUUUAUUAUGACUCCAGUCCGCUUUAUUACGACUCCAGUCCGCUUUAUUAUGACUCCAGUCCGCUUUAUUACGACUCCAGUCCGCUUUACUCCGACUCCGGUCCAUUUACCUGGAAAGUCCAGUUUGCUUGGCGAGGUGUGA